ACCAUCCGAAAAGAGAUCAUGUCGCGUGGGGUUGUCCCUUCCAAACGGGAUCCCCAGUCCGGAAACCCCUAAAACAGCCAGUUACAAUCAAUCGAAGCUAGAACAUUUAGCUCAAAUGCAAACCCCUACGAUGACCACAAUAUCCUUUGAAGCGGAUGGUCCAAAUCCGAGAUUCAAUGCCGCUCUUACUACCAUUGAUGAAAUGACACCCAGCAUCCGUUCGAUCGAUCUUCAGGGAACUUCCACCCCGACCGGAAUGGAAGCGAUCUCUUUCGAGAAAACCCGCAAAUGUCUGGCUUUCUCACCCACUCUGAGUGAGGAUUCUCUGGAGAAGCGACGAUCCGUUGCUUCGUCGACCACGUCACGCUGCUCACGUGUAACCAUCGUAAAGGGCUCACUGGAACUGAACCUCCAGGUGGAGCCAGAUAACAAACUAAACGUUCACGUCAUUCGCUGUAAAGAUCUGCAACGGCCAAACGGAAGUACGAUAAACGCAUACGUCAAGGUCGCUCUUACAAAUCCGACGAAUCUGACUGCCGAUCAGGGCUUCCAAAGGACAGCAGUUCAUCGAAACUCUAGCAAACCGGUGUUCGACCAUCGAUUUGUGUUCGUAAUUGAACCAACGCUGGAAGAGGAAGAAACCCGCCGGAUUCAACUAGCAGUGUGGCACCGCGAUAGAGAAUGCAAACGCAGCGAAUUCUUAGGAUGUAUGUCAUUCCCUCUUAAAAAUGCCAUCCAACAGGAAAUUAAUGGCUGUUACAAGCUACAACCGCAGUCGUGUUUGACGAAUCCUACCCCGCCGAUACCAGCAGACAUGUGUGAGAACUCGCAGUCCAGCGUUGACGAAAUUGUCAGCGUGGAGGACGGCGGCACAACGGCAACAGCCGGUGGUAUGACGUCGGCGGGUUCCGGUGCACCGGAACCCAUCAGUUUGAGCAAGAAGGCUCUACAUCAACGGGACGCGGAUGAAAAUUUGUUUCUUCGCUUCCUGGAGCUCGAUCCUCCGCUGGAAUCCGGAGGUGUACCCGCUACUCCUCGGCGCAGCUCGAUUAGUUCCAAUAAACCCAAUGCAGGCCGGACGCCGUUUACGAUAACGAAACGGUUAACCCGUGUGGCCGACAAGGGCUUUGGGUUUUCGAUUGUGUGGACUCAUCCGCCUCGUGUGGAAAAGGUUGAAUCCGGACUAUCCGCUGAAAAGGCAGGUAUUCUGCCGGGAGAUUACGUAGUCUUUGUUGAUAAGCACAACGUUGUCACGAUGCCGGAGCUGGAUGUACUGAAUUUGAUCAAAACUCAAGGGAAUACCCUGCUGCUGGAAAUAUUCCGGCGGCCACAACGACCUACAAAUGGACUUCGGCCGGGUAGUGUAGUGGCGGCCUCCACUAGCAAUCUGAUCAACUUUGCACCGUUCAAUGCUCAGGUGCAGCUUAACCAGCAGCACCUACAGGACGAGGAACAUUCGCUCAAACCGUCCAUUGUUCCCGCUCGAUCCUCAACUGCUUGCUCCAACAUUUCGAUUGAAACCGCCAAGCGGAAACUCAAUCUACCCCAAGUGACGUUCAGCAAAGAGUCAAUUUCACAACAUCUCCCAGAUGACCAUCGGCGAAAGUUCCUCUACCAGCUGAUCAGUCGAGAACAACACUUUGUGACGGCCAUCAACUUCGGAAUUGAACGAUUCGUUAGCCAACUGCGGGAACGGAAAGAUCUCAUUUCGCCGAAUGACCACAAAACAUUAUUUCAAAACAUCGACGAGCUAUCACGAAUAUCAGAAGACAUCCUAGAACAAAUCAUCCAAGAUGAAACCGAGCCACAAAUCCAUUUUGCUUCCCGUGUCUAUCUGUCCAAGAGUACGGCCCUGUGUGCGGCCUAUAAGAAGUACUGCAAUGGCCUGAAAAAAGCAGACUGCGUGCUGGUCAACAAGUCAAGAAAUUCAAGCUGUGAUUUUAUGCGAUUUAUUACGGAGCCACCGGUGCCACGGAAACGUCCAGACUUAACCACCUUCAUACAUCGACCGUUGCAACAUUUUAGGGAAAUUUUAAAGCUAGUCCAAAUGAUCGCCUCCAAUUGUCGAGUAGAUAGCGAAGAGCAUAGCAACUUCAACAUCAUCAUCAACGAGUUACAGGCAGCUUAUCGGGAGAUAACCGUUGGCGGGGGUCUGAUGGAACCGAUUGGGGAAGGACGACCGCUGCUGACGUUGCAGGAUUUGGAAGCGAGGAUGGUUUUCACCAAGUGUAAACCAUUUCAGUUGGCUUCCCAUGGGAGGCAGUGGAUUUUUGGUGGUGAUUUAUCGCGAGUGGAAGGACGUUCGGUGAAGCCCUACUGGACUUUGUUGUUUAGUGAUAUUUUAUUGUUUGCCAAGGUUAGCCGGGAUCGGGUGUUAUUCAUAACCGAGGAGCCAAUUCCCCUAACGACGGUUACGGAUUCGUGCUUCAAUAUUCGCAAGAAAAAUACCGAGUUCCGGAUAACAAUCGAUCCAAACGGUCGACAAAUCGAAAGUCCCACAGUGCAUUGUGCCCCGGAUUUGACUAGAACACCUAAGAAAAACUUCAAAAAACGUUGUAUAGCACUGCGAGCUCCGUCCGCCGAACUGAAAGCCGUAUGGCAGAAUCUCUUAACGAGGCAAAUAUUUCUAGUGAACGCCACCCUAGGAUCAACUCCGCUGAGUAGUCCACUGGAUUCACCGGAUAUCAUGCAGUCGUUGGUACCAAUCGGAGACAUGGGCACAACUGGUGCCACGAUGGCAUCGGCUAAAAUUCCAUCGCUGGACAAUGUUCAUCUCAAGAAUCAACAGUCGCGGUCGAGUAAAGUCCCGAAGCAGGUCGAAGAAAUGAUCGAUGAGAAGUGUAGGAGCAUGAACAAGACCGGUGUCCCCAAGGGAAGUGCGUUACAUUUGGCCCAGUGGAUGAAGGGUCAGUUGGACAAGCAGGUCGUCGAAUCGGAUCCAAUCGAUUCCGAUCCGGAGCAGACGAUCGAAGAGUGGUCCAUCGAACAGGUUGCGAAUCGUUCCAAGGAGCUGAAGUUGCUCGAUACGGAUGGGAAUCUCUGCCAGACGGUCAAUGGGCUAGGGUCCAGCGGGAAACUGCUGGAUGCGCAACUGGAGGAUGGAUCGACGUUCGAGGGGGAUGAUGACAACAGGAGCGUGUCGAAAAGUACUACGUCAGACAGUCAGAUUACAGUUCGUUCCAGUCCCCAAAGCAACAAAGUGGACACCAUUUCCGUCUGCCGUCAGUGCCACAAGAAUUGCAAAAGUCGUAUGAACUCUCCCAGCAACAAUUCCCUAACGGUGCAACACAGCCAAACUUCGUCGAUCCGUUGCUGUGUUUCGUCGUCAACGACCGGUAGCAGCCUAAACAAGAGUCCCCAUUCCAACUCGAGUAUAUCUUCCACCAGCACACUAACCAUGCCCAGUAAAUCACCCACGAAACCGGAGUACUCAGCCAUCGGUCGGUCCACGGUGGAGCUCGUCGAAUCGCCCUAUAAGCAACCAUCGUACAAGCAUCAUCCAUCGCCAUCUCUCAGCCUAAGCAAUUACAAGACCAAGUGCCAAACGCCCUGCCACUGCAAGUGUACGCCAAAAGACUUUGAGAAAAUUAAUCUUAGCCCGGACGAACUGCUCCACGAGCGGGUCAAGAUACUUAAGAACGCCACUGAAAUUAGCGCAAACCAGUCCAGUUCCUCGGGGUCUCCGAGAGUCAACGGACACACGACCACAAAAACGCUACGGACAAGCAGAUGUGAUAGCAUUCCAUGUGAUGACACUGUAGAUAAUAACAACGUCGAAGACUGGUCGCUGAUGCUGAUUGGGUUAGCACAAAUCAAUCCGGCUGCUUCGCUGGUUCAUAUGGAUCCAUUCGAAGCAGUUCCUACCAUAGCUGUAGUACCACCAACUCCGGAUGCGCUGACAAGCAAUAAUUGUAAGCAGAGUAUGUCGCUGAACUGGAACGAUACAAAUCGACUGCAGCUCGGAAAGAUCAGCGAAAGCAAUGGAAAUGAUUACGAGGAGUAUUCGCCAGACAAUUCACCGGAAGAUGAAUUACCAAGCCAUCCGUAUCGUGCUUUGAACACCGGGAUGAAACGAUACGGAACACUGUCCAGCUUGGAGCGUGUCCCAUCAGAUGAA